AUGGACAAGCCUAGAAAAGAUUACAUUCAGAGCAGCCUGGAUCCAGAAAGGCAAACACCCUUACUCAUAAAAGGAGCUGAGGAGACUCCGGCGCUCGCCAGGGCCGACAAGAAGCCCAAGGAAGGAAUCAAGACUGAGGACAAGGGUCAUCUGAAAUUGAAGGUGGUGGGACAGGGCAGCUCUGUGGUGCAGUUUAAGAUUAAGAGGCAGACACCACCUAGUAAACUCAUGAAAGCCUACACACCUGCACAGCUGGAACUGGGGGACGAAGAUACAACUGAUGUGUUCUGGCAGCGGACAGGAGGUGUCUACAGAAAAGCGAACCUGCCGCUUACUCUAGAAGUUUUUCAUAGACCAAGAGCACAUUCUUAA